UGGCAAUGCCCUCUGUCAGCAGUCUGCAUGAAGCUCUUGGCUUGCGAGCCAGCAGCUCGGUCGUGAGAAUAAUUUUCACCAAUUUACCCUUUUAUUUAGUUUAAAAAAAUCAAUUGUACAAUAAUUGAAGUGUUAAGUGAGAAGUGCCCUAGCCGUGGAACAUGGUGCAAAAGUAUCAAUCGCCCGUCCGGGUCUACAAAUAUCCCUUUGAGCUGGUGAUGGCUGCCUACGAGAGGCGCUUUCCAAAAUGUCCCCAAAUGCCCAUCGUCCUCGACUGCGAAGUCAUUGAGGAUGAAGUUCUGGAGGGUGGAUGUCGCAGGGAAACCAAGAGACGCUGUAAAUUGGCCGUCGAUGCUCCUUACUUAUUCAAGAAGCUAAUCGGUCUGGAUUUUGUUUUCUUCAUCCAACACAAUUCCCUGGACAUGAGAGCCAGAACACUCAACAUUGAAGCCACCAACGAGACCUUUGCAUCCAGAAUUGAGAUCUUUGAGCGAUGCAGGUACUAUGCUCAUCCGGACAAUCCCAGCUGGACAUGCUUCGAUCAGUCCGCCACGCUGGACAUAAAAAAUUUCUUUGGUUUUGAACAUUCCAUGGAGAAGAUGGGCAUGAAACAGUACACCCAGACCACGCUAAAGGGCAAGGAGAUUAUUGAAUAUUUCAUAGGUCAAUUGAAGCAAGAAGGCAUAACACAUGUGCCACGUUGGGCGAGUAUCGAUGCAAAUGAUGCCGAAGUGGCUGAUGAUGAUAUUAAAUUGCAAACGGGCAGUUCGAUGUUGAAAAAGGAAGAUUCCGCUAGUUUAGAUGAUGAAUACAUUUCAAAGAAUCUCGGCGAAAUGACGCCACUGCAGGAAUCAAAAUUGGUGGAGCUGGAAGCUCUGCUAAAGGAGAAGAAUGAAUAUCAGACGCCAGAUCAUCAAAUGAUUUGUCGUUUUUUGCGUGCAAGAGACUUCAAUGUGGAAAAAUCAUAUCAAAUGCUUCAGGAUUCGCUGAAGUGGCGCCAGGAUAAUGACAUUGAUCACAUAUUGCAGCUGUACAAGGCUCCUCCUGUGGUCACUAAGCAUUUUCCUGGUGGCUGGCAUCAUCGGGAUAAAGAUGGAAGGCCGCUGUAUGUCCUUCGUUUGGGGCAUAUGGAUGUCAAGGGGCUGCUUAAGUCAAUUGGCGAGGAUGGUUUAUUGAGGCUGACGCUGCACAUUUGUGAAGAGGGAUUGCAGCUAAUGAGGGAUAGCACGAAGGAACUGGAGAAGCCAGUGAGCAAUUGGUGCUUACUGGUGGAUCUUGAGGGGCUGUCUAUGAGGCAUCUUUGGAGACCUGGGGUCAAAGCUCUCUUGAAUAUCAUUGAAACGGUAGAGAAGAAUUACCCAGAGACAAUGGGCAGGGUUUUAAUAGUUCGAGCUCCGAGAGUUUUUCCCAUUCUCUGGACCCUCAUUUCCACCUUCAUAGAUGAAAACACCCGUUCCAAAUUCCUCUUUUACGGAGGACAGAACUGCCUCCAUCCAGACGAUGGCCUGGAACGCUACUUACCAUCAGAAAUCAUUCCAGAUUUCCUAGGAGGCCCCUCCACGACACUGAUCCAUGAAGGCGGCCUGGUGCCUAAGAGUCUGUACAGAUCAGCAAUGGAGAGUGGAGGAAGUGGUGAAGAAACAGCACCACAUCCCCAUCAGGAUAUGUAUAAAUCAGUGGACUUGAGAGCUAAUCAAUUUUUUGAGCUUGUGAUAAAGAAUGACGAUCCCAAAAGUGUUUUGACUUGGGACUUUGAUGUCCUCAAUGUGGAUGUUUAUUUCACAGUAUUUCGGACAAUAGAAACCAUCUGCCAAACUGGAGAUCUUUACACUUCCGUGUUUGAUGGAUCAAACUUGGAAGAGGGUAAAACCUAUUUCAAGGAGGAGCCAACACUUCUCUGUCGCCACAGAGAGAGUGUCCAGGGUUCCCAUGUUAUGACAACUGUUGGCACGUACAUUUUACAGUGGACUUGCUCACCGUCCACGGACAAAGUGGCCCAUCUGAUGUACCACUAUGAAAUUCUGAGCUCAGCAAAUUACAAAGGAUCCAUGACGAGCCUCCAGUCGGGAUUCUCAGCGCUCAGUGUAGCAAGUUCGUGCCAAUCCCGAUGAUCUGCUUCAUCAGCAUCACCGUAGUUUAAAAUAAUGUGAUUUUGUGGCGAUGAAAAUUAUAAAAUAAUAACUUAAAAGUAUUACGAAGAAAAAGGUACCUAUACAAUCUUUAGAAUUCUCUCUCUUCAAGUUGGGAGAAGAAGAAAGGUGUGAAGGGGAGAGAGAGAGAGGAGAAUACGAUACAGAAGAUUAUCAAUUAGAUCAAUUUUAAAUUAUUAAAAAACAAAAAUAAAUAAUUGCAAAAUGUAGAUAAAAAAUAUUCUCAAGGAUAAAUCUCUCUACAUUAAUUGGGAUGAAUGGAGAUUUGAUACAGGCGGAGGUUGUGAACCGUCUUUCAAGACUACUUAUAAAGAUGUUUUCUUAACUCUGUUGUGCAAUUUGGCAAUUUUUUCUCUGUAUAUUUAGUUAAAAAAAACUACAAAUCUCUUUCAGUCUGUACGUCUUUUUGGCGAGAAAAUUAGUCAAUUUGAAGACCGCCUAGCAAUUGCGUACUUUACAAUGAAUCUCUCUUUAAGGACAAUUCAAAAAAAAAGUGAUGAGAUGCAAUGACGGGGUACUUUUUUUUUGUGAAAAGUGAUUUGUUCAAUCUAGGAAGAAUUUAGGACAUUAGACAAUGAUUCCUUGUAUUCUAAUUAGCGGUCCUAUAUGUUGAUCAUAUACUAUCAGUUUAAAUAAAGGCAACUUUCUCUGACAAAA